UGUGGUCACACUGGCUUUUAUUCGCGGCUAAACAAACUAAAUAAAAUGUAGUUCCUCUAAAGAAAUAUGGGCUCCAAACGUAAACUUAAAUUCCUUUUGGAGGAAGACGAUCAGCAGGAGAACAGCCCGGAAAGAGAUAGUCCAAGGAUCAAGCAGCAUUUUUCGCCAAAGGACUCUAACAAUAAAAGAAGUAUUUUGGCGGAGUCCACAUGCACUCAGAAGAACACUCCCUCCAGGUUCCAGGCAAUGUGGCAGACGUUAAACAAGUCCGGCAUGAGCAGCAGUCAACCGGAUUCUCCCGGAAACACCAGUUUCUCAUCAUGUUCCCAGCUUCUGAACACCAGUUGGCCAGGAACGAGGCGAAGAGCAAAGGCAUUGCCACUCGCGGUCCAGAAUUUUCCAAGAACUCCUCCUUCAAUUUCAUAUAAAAGACGUGAGGCAACCUCUUUAUUCCAGACAUCUUGGAAAUCAUUAAUGAACCAAAGCGCUUCUGAUAACGGUUCGUCAGAGAAUGUAUACAUCGACUCCGACCCAGCUACUCCUCAACGAUUGGCAAAGUCCUCAUUCCAAACGUCUUGGAAAUCGUUAGGCCAGAGCUCGCUGAACAAAUCUAACUGCUCUGGCUUGACCGAGGAUAGCUAUAUUGAAUCUUCUCCAGCUAUUCAACUGGUGCCUACUGAAAGUCCACGGCAGUACUUGCCACUAAGCCAGAACAGGGUCAAUUUGAAGUCAAACCUGCGCUUUGUUAGAGGAGGCUAUGCUGAAGAAUUCCGUAAAGUCCUGAAGAAAGUGCGAAUGGAUCAGCGUCAAUCGAAAAACCAUGCACCCACCCACACGGUUCAAGUUUUGUCUGUAAGCAACGAGUGUGGUGUUACCAUGGCCCUAGUGGCUCCUGAAAAUGGGUCGAUUUUCAGCAUUCUUUCUCCAAAAGGAGAAACAACACUACUUACAGUGGGCUCCAAAGUACAAUUCUAUCUAGAUCCAAAGAUAAAGCCCUUAGAAAUAAAAAACAAAGUAUUGGUCUAUUGUCGCCCAUACAAUAUUGUAUUAAAAGGAUAAAAUACAUGUAAGCGCAUAUUGUAUAUUUGCAGUAUCAUAUACAUAUGUACGAGUAUAUAUAUUAAUAGUAUUUUUAAGGACGGAAUUCUAUAAGUCAUUAAAGCCAUAUUAGUAUGUACCAUAUACAUAUAAGUUUUGUCGCGAAGUUAGGCUCAACUUGAGAAAAGGAGUUGUAUACGUAAAAUAUAAUUUCAUUCGCCUCAAAAGAGUACAUUAUUAAAAAGUAA